GCUGCAGCUGCCACCUGCCUCUUGAAGCUCUGCCACGUACAUCCCCCGGUCGGAAUGAAAGAAGAGUCCGUAACGUGUCCUAUAUGCUCUCGACGCGUCUUGGAACGUGACAUCAACGCCCAUAUAGAUGAUGGAUGUCCAGAUCCACCGUCUUCCUCACAGGGGCACCACUCCCAGGAGCUGGCACCUAUUUUCACGAUGAAGAAAAAAAUAAAGGCUGAUAAUACUACUUCUGGAACACCUCGCAACAAUAAACGCUCUGUGGCUGAAGCCCAGUCAUCACCCACUCCUGUAGCAUCUAAGCGCACGAAAAUCUCGUCCUCUCUUCGGAGUGUGGCCCCAUUGGCCGAGAGAAUGCGCCCUGCGAAUCUGGAAGAGUUUAUAGGACACUCUCAUUUAACCUCACCUGAUUCAUUAUUCAUGAGCGGCGUAGCCAAUGGUUCCCUUGGCAGUAUGAUAUUUUGGGGUCCUCCAGGCUGCGGUAAAACGACGCUGGCCAGACUUUUUGCGAGACGGACGAGAUCAGUCUUCAAAGAACUAAGUGCAACUGUUGUGGGGAUCAGUGAGGUCCGCGCCGUUUUCGAGGAAGCUAAGAAUACACUAUCCUUGACCGGAAGGUUGAGGACGAUCUUAUUUUUGGAUGAGGUUCAUAGAUUCAACAAGGCGCAACAGGACAUCUUCUUGCCGUUUGUCGAGCAGGGACAGAUCCAGCUCAUUGGCGCCACGACCGAGAAUCCGUCAUUCAAAUUGACAGGUGCCCUACUUUCCCGUUGUCGGGUGUUCGUGCUUGAACGAUUGACAGAUGACGACAUUCAGAAAAUCAUAUCCCAAGCUAUUGAAAAGAUAUCACCUAAAGUUGCUGGUGCAGACCCCCGGCAGAUAUCGUCUACUCAAUGUUUAUCCCAACCAUCACAUUCGGACGCCCUGUCUUUCCCUCAGAUAACAGACAAAGUCAUAGCUUCUAUGGUCUCUAUGUCCACAGGGGAUGCCAGAACGGCCUUGUCGCUCUUGGAACUUGUCGUCAAUACACCAUCCAAAACUGAAUCAGACAUCAUAGCAUCUAUAAAACAGUCUGUGUCUACAUCGUAUGAUCGUACAGGCGAUAGUCGAUAUGAUAUGAUCUCUGCGCUUCACAAGUGUGUGCGAGGAGGUCAAGGGAGCGCUGCCAUGUACUGGAUGGCGAGAAUGCUUACUGCAGGUGAGGACCCGCUGUAUAUUGCCAGGAGGAUGGUUGUUUGUGCCAGUGAGGAUAUCGGCCUAGCAGAUAACCAUGCUCUACCCCUUGCGAUGGCUACUCUUCAGGCAUGUCAGACUAUUGGAAUGCCAGAAUGUCGCAUCAACUUGGCUCAUCUCGUGGCAUACCUCUCCGAGGCACCGAAGUCCACCCGAGCGUACGAGGCCUACAAAUGUGCUGAGGCCGCGGCUAAGCUGGAUAUGACUAUACCGGUCCCGAUGCAGAUUCGUAAUGCCCCCACGGAACUUUUGAAAGAGAUAGGAUGUUCUAAAGAUUAUCAUUACAAUCCUGACUACGCCCAUCCUGUGCACAACAAUUAUAUGCCAAUCCAAUUUGAAGGUGAGGAGUUUCUGAAGAAGGUUGAUGAUAGGUCAGGUAAGAUAUGGGACGAAGCUGCAUUGCGGGAGUGGGAACUGUUAGAUAAUCACGGUCGUGAUUGGGAGGGUAGAUCGUGAAACGGCUGAGGAUAUUAUGUCUUAUAAUAAGUUUUGUUUUCAUUGUCGGAGGCGAUUAUACAGCUAUUGCUUUUGAGUAAAAAGACAUGCACAAUCAUUUAUUUGAUUUAUGGU